CCUUCUUAAAAAGAGGUGGGGGAAGGAAAAAAAAAUCAGUGCCCGCUGAAUAUCGUCACUCCGCUCCCGAAUCCCGAUCCCGCCGGCGCCGCCGGUCGUCGUUGCCGGAGAUCAGUCGCGCCGCCGGUCGUCGUUGCCGGAGAUCGGAAGGUUUAAGGAUAAUGUAUCUCCCAAGCGACCGAGCUCCAGCAGCAGCAAGCCCUCACCCCCAGCCAUCCACCUCAGCUGCUGCUCCCCUCGCCGGAUCAUCUUCUCGCAAGCCCGCUGCUUCUACCCAAAUAGUACUUAAUUAUAGUGGGGAAGAAGAUCCAGGAUUACAGCUCUUGGACAAUUACGAUCCCACUCGACCAUCGCGAUUUAAAAAUGCCCAGGAAAUGAGAGAUGCUUUUGUUGCUGCCUGCCAACGCGACGCUAAGCCCUUUGCAGAGAAGUGGCGAUUGCCUGAAGAUUUGGAAAGACUCAGACGACAGGAUCAUUGCAAGAUGUUGAAGAUAGCACUACGCGUGUAUGCCAAGCAAAAAAAUAUACCGCCUGCUGAGUUAGAGAUUAUGGAGCUGAAAGAAUAUACUCGUUUUCGUGAACAUGGGAAAGUUUAUGGACACUACAACUUUGUGGUGAAAGAUUCAGAUGGCACUCUUACAUUGUUCUUUGCUGAGGUGGAUAUCAACUGCAAAGAGGAGAAGGAUGUUUUUCUGUGCUGUCCUUUGGAAGCGAAUGACAAUGGUACGAAUAUAAGAAGAUUUAUUUCUCUUUUUUGUGAACACAUGGCAAGAUAAUUUUCUUUCGUUUGGUUUAAAUUUGUACUGAUAACUCUUGUUCUUUUCCUUUUUUUGUGAACACAUGGCAAGAUAAUUUUCUCGUUUGGUUUAUAUAGACGCUGUUUACAACGUUCCCAUGCACUUGUACACCACGUCGGGCUUUUUUUUGAACGGAGCAUCGGGCUUGAAUAUAAUCCUGAUCGGAUAUACUCCGACGGAAACAUUCUUAAACGGGAGAAUGUAAUGAGGGUGAAAUAAUCCAUUCUUUCCGAGGAAAAUAUCAGACAACGGGUCCUCCUCCGCUCCCGAUUGAUUCUCCGGCGCCGCUCGAUUCGAUCCGUUCGCCGCCGGUCGUCGUUCCCAGGGAUCGGAAGCCCGUUGUCCGUUCAAGUGUAAGACCGCCAGCGCUCCACUACCUCGCCGACGCGAUCGACCGCCUCAACUCGCCCUCGCGCGGUUUGUUUUUUAUUUGCCUUCUGUGAAGGAACGAGCAAUCUCAAUCUCGAUGGAUAUCAGGUAUGGGAAGGAAAUGAAGAGGGAGAAGGAAUAUUCUAUUAUUUUAUUUUAGA